GUGGCGGGGCCGGUGCGGGCGGCGGCGGGGCCGGUCCCGGCUCGGCCCGCGAGGGGUGGCUCUUCAAGUGGACCAACUACAUCAAGGGGUACCAGCGCCGCUGGUUCGUGCUCAGCAACGGGCUGCUCAGCUACUACCGAUCCAAGGCGGAGAUGGGCCACACGUGCCGGGGCACCAUCAACCUGGCCACGGCCAACAUCACUGUGGAGGAUUCCUGCAACUUCAUCAUCUCCAAUGGCGGCGCCCAGACCUACCACCUGAAGGCCAGCUCUGAGGUGGAGCGGCAGCGCUGGGUCACCGCCUUGGAGCUCGCCAAGGCCAAGGCUGUCAAGAUGCUGGAGGAGUCAGACGACUCCGGCGAUGAGUCGGUGUCGCAGACGGACAAGACGGAGCUGCAGAAUACGCUGCGGAUUCUGUCCAGCAAGGUGGAGGAUCUGAGCACCUGCAACGACCUGAUCGCCAAGCACGGCACGGCCCUGCAGCGCUCGCUCAGCGAGCUCGAGGCCCUGCGCCUGCCCCCCGAGAGCACCGACAAGAUCAAGCAGGUCAACGAGCGGGCCACGCUCUUCCGCAUCACCUCCAACGCCAUGAUCAACGCCUGCAGGGAUUUCAUGCUGCUGGCGCAGACGCACGGGAAGAAGUGGCAGAAGUCGCUGCAGCAGGAGAGGGAUCAGCGGAUCCGGCUGGAGGAGACGCUGGAGCAGCUGGCAAAGCAGCACAACCACCUGGAAAGGGCGUUCCGGGGGGCCACGGUGCUCCCUGCCGGCACGCCCGGCACUGGCGGCUCUGGGAAAGAUCUGUGCUGCCCCUCCAAAGGUGACAUGAGCGACGAGGAUGACGACAACAACGAGUUCUUUGACGCCCCCGAGAUCUUCCCCAUGCCCGACAUGAUGGGCCACAAGAGAACUGGGAGCAACAUCAGCGGCACCAGCAGCGACAUCAGCCUGGAUGAGCAGUACAAGCACCAGGUUGAGGACACCAAGAAGGAGAAGAGAACCCGCAUUCCCUACAAACCCAACUACAGCCUCAAUCUCUGGAGCAUCAUGAAGAACUGCAUCGGGAAGGAGUUAUCCAAAAUUCCCAUGCCGGUGAACUUCAAUGAGCCACUGUCGAUGCUCCAGCGGCUGACAGAGGACCUGGAGUACCACGAGCUCCUGGACCGGGCGGCCAAGUGCGAGAAUUCCCUGGAGCAGCUGUGCUAUGUGGCCGCCUUCACCGUCUCCUCUUACUCCACCACCGUCUUCCGCACCAGCAAACCCUUCAACCCGCUCCUGGGGGAGACCUUCGAGCUGGAUCGGCUGGAGGAGAGUGGCUACCGCUCCCUCUGCGAGCAGGUGAGCCACCACCCCCCGGCCGCUGCCCACCACGCCGACUCCAAGCACGGCUGGACGCUCCGCCAGGAAAUCAAGAUCACCAGCAAAUUCCGAGGGAAAUAUCUCUCCAUCAUGCCUCUAGGUACCAUCCAUUGCGUCUUCCACUCAUCCGGCAACCACUACACGUGGAAGAAGGUGACUACCACCGUGCACAACAUCAUCGUGGGGAAGCUGUGGAUAGACCAGUCGGGUGAGAUCGAGAUCGUCAACCACAAGACGGGUGACAAGUGCAACCUCAAGUUUGUCCCUUACAGCUACUUUUCCCGGGACGUGGCGAGGAAGGUGACCGGGGAGGUGACGGAUCCCUCGGGGAAGGUGCACUUUGUCCUGCUGGGCACGUGGGAUGAGAAGAUGGAUUGCUACAAAGUCCAGCUGGGAACGGGGGACAACGGAGCCGAGGCCCGGCCGCGAGCCCACGAGUCCGAGGACAGUCGGGUGCUGCUGUGGAAGCGGAACCCGCUCCCGAAGUACGCAGAGAACAUGUACUACUUCUCAGAGCUGGCGCUGACCCUGAACGCCCCGGAGAGCGGGACGGCUCCCACGGACAGCCGGCGGCGUCCCGACCAGCGGCUCAUGGAGAACGGGCGCUGGGACGAGGCCAACGCCGAGAAGCAGCGGCUGGAGGAGAAGCAGCGGCUCUCCCGCAAGCGCCGCGAGGCCGAGGCCGCCCGUGCCUCUGAGGAUGGGACCCCCUGUGAUCCCUACAAACCGCUGUGGUUCGAGCGGAAGAAGGACCCGGUGACGCAGGAGCUGGCGCACGUCUACAAGGGGGGGUACUGGGAGAGCAAGGAAAAGCAGGACUGGAGCCUGUGCCCGGAUAUUUUCUGAGCCCAGCGAGGAGGAGGAGCGGCGGGAUGGGGGGGAUGAAGGCCAGGACCCCCCCCCUUCCGUGUCUGUCUUAAGCGCCCGCUGUCCCCGCGCCGGCCGGGCUUUGCCUUAGCCCACCCAAACUGACCUUGGGGAGCGGGAGCCAACACAGCCCCCCCAGAGCCGGGCUGGAAUGGGGGGGUCCCUCAUCCCACCCGCCUCCCUGGCACCCUGGGGUGGGGGACACAGCCACCCCCAGGGUGGGGGGUCCCCGGGGUGAGCCCGAGGCUGGCCUUGGUCUCCCCCCACUCCCCACUUUUCUUCCCGUCCGCCCCCAGGAGUUCGGGUGCUUUUGGGGUACGGGAGGGGCCAGACUCCCCCCCCAGCCUGUUCUAUAGGUGUAUAUUAUAUAUAUGUAGAGAGCAAUCGGGGUCCCCUUCUCCCCCUGCCCAGGGGGAGCCUUCCCCAGCCCCCGCUUCGGGGGGUCCCCCCCCUCCCAGGGGUGUCCCCCACCCACGGGGACCCCCCUAUGAGGUGCCUUCCCUGUAGGUUUAGGGUGGGGGGAGAGAGCUGUCCUGGGUUUUGGGGGGGUUUGCACCCUCAAACACUACAGGGGGGGGGGGAGGCAGUGUGGGGGUCUCUGUACCCCCAAACCUGAAAUCGGGGGCUUUUGAUGCCUUUUUAUUUUAUUUUUUUCUUU